CGAGGUGCAGAGUCGUGGGUGGAGCUGAACCCACCGGCAGACCGAGUUACUCCAUUGCCCUUCAGCAGCGGCGGAGAAGAGUAUCUGCGCCUCCUGAGGGAGGCUCAGAGAGACUCGACGCAAUCGUCCGCCAGGCACUCCUUGGCGUCUUCUCGUCGAGAUACCCCGAGGGAUAGUCCAAAAAGUCCGCCGAACAGCCCAAAUACGGAGUUAUCGACCGAGGACGACUUGAAAGGUGUCUACAUAAACUAUGGUUGCAAUAAGGGAGAGGAAUGGACAGACUCUCGGUCGACGGUCAUUUGUUUCAUUCAAAAUCGUCGAUAUGCGGAAACGCAUCCGAAAACUCCACCUUCGGGAAUUCAAAACACAGUUCUACUUUGCGAAUUGCACAAGGGUUUUUUCUACCAACCGUCUGUUACCAGUGAACUAUACGUCAUCGUCACGCCGGAAGAAUGGGCUAAACUAACUCAAUUUUACGAAGUGGAUCACGAGGUGACGAUCAAAAAAGUGGACGAUGAAUUUGUUACAAAUCCAGAUACUUGCGCCGCCUGCAUGCUGGCCAGGGUGGAGCAGGAGAGGUUGGAUAGCCUGAAGUAUGACCGAGCGACAAUCUAUAUCAAAUGCAUAGACGAUAGCGAAGACAACAAAUCGGAGAACGACAGCGAGACCUCGGCGAAGAGGCCGAAGAUAGAGAGCUGCAGACCCUCUAGGACCAGGAGGAAAGUGAAAGGAUCCCACGAGCUGAAGGUCUCGUCGGAAAAUACGUUGAAGGAUCUGAAGGUCAUGACGAUGCAGAUCUGUGGAGCAGGUCCCUACGAUCAACAUCUAAUGCUGGGGGAACACGAGUUGACGGAUCAUAGUCAAAGUUUGGCAUCUCUUGGGAUCUUCCCUGGUUCUCUACUCACCCUGAAGAUCGACACACCUUUGGAGAGCGAAGCGGACAUGGAGUCGGAUUCGUUGAACAACGAUUCCGCGUCUCCGGAAAAAGGUUUCAAAGGAACGGAGCUGGUAACAAGCUGAUCUGCACCGGGGCUCGGUAAGGAAGUAGCGUAAUCUAACUUGGCGAGAGAUACCACGCUACAAGUAGGCCGUCAUCGAACUUCGUCGGUCCUCGACUUCAUCGGGAUAUUUUUUAUACGGCUCACGACCCAACCAUACAAGUAUACAAGUACGGAAGUGUGCACAAGUGUUCAGCCAACUUCAUAGCCAAUCAUCGCCAAGGGCAAACCCACCAUCACAAAGACUGUCGGUCGAAGGAAAUCGACAGGACGUCGUUGUCGUCGGCCCCGAAAAGAAUAAUCGAGAAAAGAAAAUUGGAGGGGGUGUCUCGAUUUUGGAAGGAUCCCUUUCAUGAUUUCCCUCCAUUUUUUUUCUUUACCUUUCUAUUUUCCACUCUUUUUUACCGCGCCUCGACCGAGUUAUCCAGGAUGUUCCAAUGGCGCGUCGUGCGCGGUCCCCCACGAUGCGCUGAUUAAUGAUUAAUAAUUAAUGUUAACACGUAACGAUAAGAGACUAUUGACAUUUUUUUAUGCACCCGUGUCGAACAGAUCGAGACGCUUGUAUAGUGUACAUAGAGGACUGUUACCGAAAAGUUUGUUCAACGAUGUGAGUCCUAGAGGCACCGAAGGUGGCCGAGUGUUAUGGGCGGCUUUUUCUUUUUCCUUUUCGAAAUGUUGGAAAGAUCAUCUUUAUUUUCUUCGCGUCGCUUAAGAUAAAGGUAGCUUUAGGAAGCUUCCUAUUCUCUCAAGAAAUUGUCCGAAGACAACUUCUGGUAAUCGCAAUCAUUGAGUCUUUUGUUUUAAGGUAAUGUAAAAAUGGCGGGAAUUUGGUAGAACAAAGAGAAAUCAUUUGAAAGCGCUAUUGUUUUCCUGCGUAAACAAAAGCGGAAAAGAACAAAGGUGGCUCACUUUUGCCUUCUAUGAUCGGUUAAAUCAUUUCUAGAACGAUAAUCAAUUUUCGUUUGAUUCACGGACGUUAAUUAUCGUUCUAAUCGUUUUUCGUACUAAUUCGGUGCAAUUACCUCCAGAAGAAUUUCGCGUGCAAGGAAUAAUUAUUGUAAAUACCUAAUCAGCUGUUUGGUAAAACUGGGGAUUAGGGGACCCACCUUCGAUGACCUUGACCUUGAUGUAUGUUGUCAAAGUCACCCUCCUGAGUGACCUACUGAAGGUUUUACCCGUCGCUUGUUGUGUGUUGAAAAGCUAUUGAUCAAAUAUUUUUCUUGAGUUGAACGUACACUUUCGGAAUUGAAUAUACAUUCAAAUAGUCUGAACAUACGACAAUAAACCAUGUACGUAAUUUUGUGGGUCUUGAAAGUGGGGUUCACACGCCUUUGUACAUUAAAAAUGCAAAAAGAUUACGGACAUACUGCGAGGAAAUAUUUUUCGUUAUGGUAUUUACAAUCGUCAUUUUACUCAUUAUCUUCCUAAAUACUUAUUUAAAAGAAGAAAUCAUUUCGGCGACCGUAUUAAUGUUUUCUUCAAAAUGUGUUAGGUAUAUCCGUUAAAACAUAAUUACACAAUUAAACACGAUUAAGUGAAUUAGAAUUUCAUGUAUUGUAACUAACUAAAUUUUGUAGGUCUUGAAAGUGAAGUUCACACGCCUUUGUACGUUAAAAAUGCAAAAAGAUUACGGCAAACUGCUAGGAAAUAUUCCUCGUUAUGCUAUCUGCAAUCGCCAUUUUACUCAUUAUCUUCAUAAAUACCUAUUUAAAAAGAGAAAUCAUUUCGGCGACCAUAUUAAUGCUUUCUUCAAAAUGAUCAGUUAGGUAUAUCCGCUAAAACAUAAUUACAUAAUUAAACAUGAUUAAGUGAAUUAGAAUUUCACAUAUUGUAGCUAACUAAAUUUCGUAGGUCUUGAAAGUGGAGUUCACACGCCUUUGUACCUUAAAAAUGCAAAAAGAUUACAGCAAACUGCUAGGAAAUAUUCCUCGUUAUGCUAUCUGCAAUCGCCAUUUUACUCAUUAUCUUCAUAAAUACCUAUUUAAAAAAAGAAAUCAUUUCGGCGAACGUAUUAACGCUUUCUUCAAAAUGAUCAGUUAGGUAUAUCCGCUAAAACAUAAUUACAUAAUUAAACACGAUUAAGUGAAUUAGAAUUUCAUAUAUUGUAGCUAACUAAAUUUCGUAGGUCUUGAAAGUGGAGUUCACACGCCUUUGUAAAUUCAAAAUGCAAAAAAAAUUACGGACUAAAUUUUGUGGGUCCUGAAAGUAGAGUUCAUACGCCUUUGUACAUUAAAAAUGCAAAAAGAUUACGGACAAUCUGCUAGGAAAUAUUCCUCGUUAUGCUAUCUGCAAUCUCCAUUUUACUCAUUAUCUUCAUAAAUACCUAUUUAAAAAAAGAAAUCAUUUCGGCGACCGUAUUAACGUUUUCUUCAAAAUGAUCAGUUAGGUAUAUCCGCUAAAACAUAAUUACAUAAUUAAACACGAUUAAGUGAAUUAGAAUUUCAUAUAUUGUAGCUAACUAAAUUUCGUAGGUCUUGAAAGUGGAGUUCACACGCCUUUGUAAAUUCAAAAUGCAAAAAAAAUUACGGACUAAAUUUUGUGGGUCCUGAAAGUAGAGUUCAUACGCCUUUGUACAUUAAAAAUGCAAAAAGAUUACGGACAAUCUGCUAGGAAAUAUUCCUCGUUAUGCUAUCUGCAAUCUCCAUUUUACUCAUUAUCUUCAUAAAUACCUAUUUAAAAAAAGAAAUCAUUUCGGCGACCGUAUUAACGUUUUCUUCAAAAUGAUCAGUUAGGUAUAUCCGUUAAAACAUAAUUACAUAAUUAAACAUGAUUAAGUGAAUUAAAAUUUCAUAUAUCGUAUUUAACAGAUGACCGGUCUGAUUCUGUCUAUUAGCCUAACCUAACCCAAAUCAACUGGAAUUAAAUCAGUUUAAUACAAUUGAGAAUAUUAAUAUAUGUUUAGCCUUUUGUAUCGUAUUUCUAAUGUUUUGGAUGAUUUAAUUUAAGUUAAUUUGGGUUAGGUCAUACAGCAAUACUCGAGUCUUUAAAUGAAUGUUGAACAACGAGAAACACAAGCAAACAACGAGUGUAAAACAUUUUGAAGGUCACUCAAGGGGGUGACCUUGACUACAUAUGUCAAGGUCAUCGGAGUUGGGUUCCCUAAACCCCAGUUUUUUCCUACGUUUAUAUGCACUUUUUCGAAUACUGAUGAAGGUUUUGUUUAUCUAAAAAAAAGAUAAGCGUGAUUAGGAGAUACUAGGUUUGUUCGCGUUGACUGCACUUUUUACACUCGAGGGUAAUAAGGAUAUUACACUUUUCUUGAAAAGUGCAGAAGGGUAAAUACACUUUCGUCGAACGCCAGAAAGCUCACGAAAGUCCAA